AUGGCGUACGCGCAGAACAACCACAAGGUAGCCAUUCCAAAAAUCGACCGCCCACCGCCUCCACCCAAAGGCCCGGAUAGAAACCGAGAAGAUCGAGUUACAAGGGCCUGCAAGACUUGUCGCAAACGCAAGGUCAAAUGUUCAGGCGACAUCCCACGUUGCCUCAACUGUCAGAUCAGCGGCUUGAAAUGUAUCUAUGAGCAAGCACGGCGCGAUCGUUUAAAGGAAGCAACUGACCUAAACCACACUUUUGUCGCUCUUUUCGCGGAACUCAGUGCAAAGCUGAGUGAAGAAGACAGAAGGAGGAUUCAAGAUGUCAUCCACACGGCCGAAGACGACAUGAUGCAGCCGCAUCCGACACCUUCAGCCAGAUCGCUAGGUAAACGAGUACGAGGGUCUUCUUUCAACAGUAGCAGUCCAGAUUCGAAAAGUCCCGUGAAAGAGAAUGGCGAAGCACAAGUUACCGCAUCAGUCGGCUCCAAUGAGGACCUUGACUUCCUAGACGAAGACUUGUUACGGACUCGACAGUCAAGGGAGACGGGUUACUUUGGACAGAACUCAGAGGUGCAAUGGUUGCGCACCUUUCAGCGUCAAGUGCAGAGCCAAGACACUGAACCGUGCGGUCUCCCUUAUGGUCCGCCAGGUGCCAGUAAGAAUGCGGCUGAAGAACGAUCCGAGGCACUCCAUCAACGCAGAGAAAGAAGCUACACUUCAACUCGUCAUAUUACGGACGCCACGUUCUAUCUCGACAGCGACAGCAUUGAACUGGACAUCAUUGUCAAUCCAUACGAACUACCAACCCCAGGAAUUGCGGAGCACCUCCUGAAUUGUUACAUGAGCACGGUGCAUAGCUCAUUCCCAAUCUUACCCUCGAGCUUCGAAGACCAAGUGCGCAGAUUCAUAGAAUCUUUAAUGGAAAACCGACCUUUUCAAGUUCCAGACAGAUGGCGGGCAUUGUUGAACCUCACGUUCGCAGUUGGCGCGAAGUACUCUCAUCUGAUUGGCGCUGAUUGGCAAGGAGACGAACGCGACCACUUGAUGUACAUGACUCGAGCAUCCCACCUCCUUGGUAUGCACAAUACUGUUAUGCUGAUCUCUAACCCCGAUCUGUCACUAGUCCAAGCGACUGCCAUACUCUCUCUCUACUUCCUGGUUAUAGGACGCGUGAGUAGAGCCUGGCUUAUGGUCGGUAUCUCGAUCAGGCUCGGUCUGGCUUUAGGUCUGCAUCUCCGAAACGAGGACCCAAACGCAGAUGAAACGACAAAAGAGAUGUUGCUGCGAACAUGGUGGAGCUUGCAUAGCAUAGAGUGCUUGGUCAGUACUGUCACCGGCCGCCCGCCAGUCAUAGCCAACGAAGACUGUACUGUGCCGCUACCGAAGAUCCUUCCAGGAGAUCUACGCUAUACCAGCGAAGGCUUCCAACGCCCGUCUAAGAGAAAGAGCCGCCAGUCCCUCGAAACAAAUUCGUACCCCAUCAGCUCUCACGAUGCAGGGCAAUAUCUUAUUGGCACUAUCUCGAUCUCAUUACUUACGCAAAAGGUCCUGACGCAGCUGUAUGCACCUCGGACCGCUGUUCACUCCUGGCAGGAAAUACAAGUCAAGAUCAAAGGCUUGUUGAGCGAUCUUGAAGGUUGGGCUGCAGAAUCAUUAUCUGAGCAUCACAUGCAAGGCAGUCCGAAACAGUCCAGAAUAGCGCGUGAGCAGCUACUCCUCUGGAUGUCCUACUGGAGUACGAAGAUCUUAAUUACCCGGCCAUGUCUUUGUCGAACAGAACGGCGCAUAAAGAACGAAAGCGGCAAAUCAGCUCAUUUCAACUCUGAAAUGGCCGAAACUUGCAUCAAAUCGGCUCGUGCUUUGACGGCGUUGUUUCCCGACGAACCUGACAUAGAUUUCAUCUACGGGAAGGCGCCCUGGUGGAAUACUGUACAUAUUAUCAUGCAAUGUACUGCCGUUCUACUUCUUGAAGUCGCAUAUCAAGGAGGGAAAACUGAAAAAAACAGCGACCAAUUCACCAGGGAUAUACAAAAGAUGAUAAACUGCCUGCGCACAAUGCAGGACAACGAUCCCGUUGCGGGUCGAGCAUAUCAGGUAGUGCAGAAGAUUCUGCACAACACUGACCCAGCUCUGCACGCCAAAACUGAAGAACUGCUCCAACAAGGCUCAACUAAUCAUCAGACUGCAGACGGAAAGGCGUCUGAACAUCUGGGUUCACUGUAUCAGCAGCAGCCCGGCCCAGGGUGGGCUCCGGGCGAGUCCUUCAACGGAUUAAUCUCGGUAGACGAUCACCAACACCACGUAUCCGAACAAGCUACAGGUCAAGAUCAGAUUCCUGGGCCGAGCUCUUCGUACGAUCCAUCGAUGCACCCGAGCUUCCCUACGGCACCAUUCCAUGUGCCAUCAACAUUCAGUAACCCGUUCAACAAUAGCUGGGACGAGGGGCUGCCGGUGGUGGAUAUGCACAACUUAUGGCCCAUGUUCAAUUACAGCAACUAUCCAGAAGAUCUGGGCGACAUGAAUCUUCUAGACUUAUACAUGGAGCCACAGCAAUCUCAUGAAAUUGGCGAAACGUCAAAAGGAUAGACAUCGCAGCAACGGCAGAAGCAGCAGCGUGAUUUCAAACAGCCUAGUGUAAUUAAAUGUAUGUGUGUAAGCAACUGCCGCACGUCUGAAUAGCAUCAGAUUGCACUUGUUUGGGCAUCA